UCCCUUUAAACACAGUUUGGCGCCACAGUGACACAGCAACUGUAUCGGUCACGUGACUUUCUUAAAGCGAUAUGCGCACCGACACGGGGUUUCGCUCUAUGAGCUCGACACACACACCGACGCGUCGGUGUUGCUGGACCCAUCAUUAGUGCCGACGCAGCAGCCGCCGUCAACCCGGGACCAUGUGUCGGUAGAGCGGCUGUCUGUCUCAGUCGGUGUCGGUCAGUCCGCAGCCCUCUAAGUCGGUCUGCCGGCGGCAUGGCCAAGGUGCACCGCGGCUCCUCCGGCUGUCGGGCCGUGGUGAUGGCCGGGAAGUACCUGUCGAGCUCCGGUCGGCAGCAGCGGAAAGUGUUCGGUCCUCAGCGGCGGAUGGGGAGCUCCGGCGCGGCCGGCGUAACAGGAAAAGCCGCGGCUUCGGCCCAGCUGGACCAACCGGGGUUCUUCUCCGCCGCAGACCGACACGUGCUGGCCAACCGGAACCUGAUCUACCGGGACGUGAAAGCGUUUCUGAAUGAAGUAGGAGGAGACCCCCGGGAGGCCCGCUACUGGCUGACCCAGUUCCAGAGGGCGUCUUCGGCUCAGGCCUCUGCCUUCGCCGUGCUGGAGGUGGACAGUUCAGUGUUUGCCAGCAGGGAUGCCGUCCAGAGCCUGGCCUUCGGACUGUCCUUCCUCCAGCGGAUGGAUAUGAAGCCGGUGGUGGUGAUGGGCUGGUCCGAGGGGGAAGAGGAGGGGUGCGGGGUUCCUGCCGAUGCAACGCCUGGCUCUAGAUGCACCCGGGGACUGGUGGGGCGGAGCCAGAAGCUGACGGAGGCGCUCCAACAGCACUCUGCCACCGUCCUGCCCUUCUUCUCAGCUGAAUCGGUGUUGUUGCAGCAUGGGAGCAGCGCCCCUCCCUGUUCCUCCGGUGCCCCUCCCUCCAUCUGUGUGGACGUGCCCCUCCUCCAGUGGGCUCUGGACUGUGGGCUGAUCCCAGUUCUGUGUCCUAUAGGCAGAGAUGAACAGCAGCGCUCUGUGUGUUUGGACUGCACUGAAGUGACCGCAGCUGUGUCCAGAGUCCUGCAACCACACAAGGUCAUGUACCUGACCAGGACUGGAGGACUGCAUUGUCCACAGAACAAGGUCUUAGGGAUGGUGUCGUUGCCUAGCGACCUGCCCCUUCUGUCCAUGGCGUCGUGGCUGAGCGCACGAGAGCGCCGCCGAGUCACCUCCAUCGCAACUCUGCUCAACCACCUGCCCAGCGAGUCAUCUGCAGUGAUCACAUCUGCAGACACACUACUGACCGAACUGUUCAGCCACAGAGGUUCUGGGACACUUUUUAAGAACAGUGACCCCAUCCACCGGUACAGUUCUCUGGAUAGGAUCGAUGUGCAGCGUCUCCUUCUGCUCAUAAACCAGUCGUUCGAUAAAACGCUCAGACACGAUUACAUCGACUCUCUGAAAGGACGACUGUAUUGCAUCUACCUGUCUGAAGGCUACAGUGCCGCUGCCAUCGUCACCCUGGAGCCGGUCCAUGGUGGGACCCCGUACCUGGAUAAGUUUGUGGUGAGCAGCAGUAAGCAGGGCCAGGGCACCAGCCACCUCCUGUGGGAGCGCAUCCGCCAGGACCUGGGCCGGCUCUUCUGGAGGUCCAGGGCCAACAACAGGAUCAACCCCUGGUACUUCAAACACUGUGAUGGCAGUUUCGUUAACGGUCUGUGGACUGUCUUCUGGUUCGGACUCAACGACAUCAGAGACUCCUACGAUCUGGUGGAGUUCGCCAACAAACUGCCCGACUCCUUCCACUCCUCCCACUCUGACUCAGACUCCUCCUCCUCUGACUCCUCCUCCUCCGAGCAGACUCCUCUUCCUGAUCCUCCUCCUGGUUCAUUCAGUUGAAGCUCUGAACAGACUUUACAGAGUGGACGUCUUUAAAGGUUCCCUGGGACAUGGACUGCACCACAAACACUAGAGGGUUAGGGUUACAGUCAGGGUUAGGGUUAGGGCUAACUAACUCUAGGGUUAGCCCUAACCCUAACCCUAACUGUAACCCUGCUGUUCCAGGAGGAGGCAAAAGGAAAGCUUUGUUUCUUCAGAUCUGAUUGGGUUUUUUUUUUUUUUUUUUCUUUCCCUCCUUCUGGAACUUUCAUUUCUUUCAGCCUCAGAGUGAUGAACAGAUUUUACUCUGGUUUGACUUUUUCUGCUUUGAAAUGUUCUCAGCUUUAACACUGGUUUGAAGAAUUGGAUCAGGAUGGUCCAGACCGUCCCUGUUAACACUGGGUUAGGGUUAGAACUGGGUUAGGGUUAGAACUGGAGCUGUGGAUGUGUGAGUGCUGGGUCUGAACACAGGAUGAACCGGAGCCAACGGAGGUUUGGGUCUGGGCUCAGUACACCAUCCACUGUAAAAAGUACACCAGUCCGCUGAAAAAAGUACACCAGUCCACUGCAGAAAGUACACCAGUCCACUGUAAAAAGUACGCCAGUCUUUUUGUCAGAUCCUGGCUCUGCGUUCCUCCAUGAACAUCUGUUCUUUCAUCUUUCCCAGAAUGCAGUGGUCACUCAUCAGCUGUUCAGUCGUACCAAUCCACUGUCAUGUGGGAGGUUUUUUUUCCAUAAAUAUUCAGGAUUUGGGCUUCGAACCUUUUCAGUCCAACUCAUAGUUUGACCUCAAACAUGUUUGUGUCCAGAUGUGACAGAAGUGCUCAGAGUGAAGGAUUCGACAACAGCCUGGAAUGGACAGAAGACACUGGACAGAGGAGGAGAGGAGGAAAGAGGAGGAGGGACAGGCUGGAAUGGACAGAAGACAAACCUGCUGCUCUAUUUCUUCUCCUCUUUUCCUCCAAAUAAAAUCAGGUGUGAACUGAACUUUUCAGUUCCAAAGCAUCAGCACAGAAACAAGAGACUGAUUAGUGUGAGAUGAGGACGAUCCAGACCGAAAACUGAAAACUAAGACCAAUCCUCCAGAUGGGACUACACUGAUGGAAGCACACACACACAUACAUACAUACAUAUAUAGAUAUAUAUUAGAGCCUGACCGAUAUGGGAUUUUUGGGGCCGAUACCGAUAUUGGGGGUUAAAAAAAGCAGAUAUCCGAUAU